AUGCGCAACAGAGGUCUCGCCUUCGCCUUCACCUCGUCCCCGUACGUGAUCACCGCGUUCGCGGGCUCCCCUCUCUCAGAGCGUUUCAACGCCGUGAACUGGCGCUGGGCAUACGGUUGCGUCGUCAUCAUCCUACCCGCCGUGACAGUCCCCCUGAUCGUAACCUGGGAGCUCGCCAAGCGCAAGGCCGAAAAGAACCUCGUGCUCGAGCAAGCUCGAAGCGGCCGUACCUGGACCCAAAGCGCGUGGUACUACUUCAUCGAGUUCGACGUCGUCGGCAUCUUCCUACUCAUCGCCGGCUUCUCACUCUUCCUGCUCGCAUUCGUGCUCGCCGAGUCCCAAGCCAACAAAUGGCAAUCCGCCUCGAUCAUCUGCAUGAUCGUGAUCGGCGGCGUCGUGAUCAUCGGCUUCGUGAUCUACGAGCGCUUCGUCGCCGCUAAGCCCUUCAUCCCGUACAACCUGCUCAGCUCGCGCACCGUCAUCGGCGCCUGUCUACUCGACUUGACUUACCAGAUCGCGUAUUACUGCUGGAACAGCUACUUCACGUCGUACCUGCAGGUCGUGUACGACGCGUCCAUGACCCAGGCCGGGUACAUCAGCGCUAUCUUCGACUUCAUCUCCCCGCUGUGGCUGUUCGGCGCUGGGUACCUGGUGCGCGUGACGGGUCGGUUCAAGUGGUUGCUUCUGUGCUCGAUCCCGCUGUACAUGCUCGCCGUCGGGCUGAUGAUCUACUUCCGUAGCCCUGGCCACAGUAUUGGCUACAUGUGCAUGUGUGAGGUGUUUAUCGGCUUCGGUGGCGGGACCAUUAUCUUGCUCGAGCAGAUCGCCGUGAUGGCGGCCUCUUCACAUAACGACUACGCGUCGAUGCUGGCCUUCCUGGCCCUGUUUGGGAACAUCGGCGGCGCGAUUGGGAACAGUAUCUCCGGGGCUAUCUGGACGAAUACCCUGCCCGUGGUGCUUCAGAAUUCGUUGCCCGCCGAGACUCGGGACAAGUGGGAGGAGAUUGCUAACUCGUUGGACGUGCAGCUCAGCUAUGAGAUGGGUUCGGCGACCCGCGAGGCCAUCAACCAUGCGUAUGCGGUCAGUCAACGGAAUAUGUUGAUUGCAGGGACGGCGGUCAUGGCGUUGACGAUGGUGUGGGUGUUUAUGAUCAAGGAUAUCCGGGUGAAGGGGAUGGAUCAUGUCCAGGGUGUUGUUUUUUAG